AUGCAGGAUAUUUCUUCUACGGUGUCGUUUAGCCCUAGCUUCAGUUUCUACGUCUCAGGUGACAGUAACAUCGCGGAAGCCGCCGUUAGAGUUGUCCGUGAGUCGCAGAGCUACUAUUCCGUCAAAGUCGACGGCGGCGACGAAGACGCUGAGUUCGAGUUCGAAACGUCGCCAUUGCGCGAAGAGAGCUUCUUCCACUUCCCAACGACGGCGACGACGGAUAAAGAAGAAGAAGAUGCCGAUCGAGUCACAUCGAAGAAUCUUUUCUACGGUGGAUGGACCGUUGAUCAAUCUCUAUCUUCGCCGUCUGAGUCGGAGGAUCUCUCCCCGAGCAGAUACUACUGUCUAUGGACCCCGAACCGAUCUCCGGCGAGAGGAGAUAGCUCCAAGAGUAAGUCUUCUAGACGUUGUCGGAUCAAGGAUUUUCUGAGGAGAAGCCACAGCGACGGAGCCGUUUCGACCACGAGCGAACCGAAACGGUGUAGUUUCAAGGAUCUACUGAGAAGAAGCCACAGCCACAGCGACGGCGGGGGAAGUGCGUCUUCGAUUUCGUCGAGCGGAAACGGCUCGCCGGUAGUGAAAGGGAAAAAUAAAACGGCGUCGCAUAAUAAGCUAUCUACAAGCAUCGGGGAAGUGAAUACGAGAAGAAAGACUUAUUUACCUUACAGGCAGGAUUUGAUCGUCGUUUUCGCCGGAAGGAGCAGGUUCCGUCAAUAAAUAGACUAUUACACAUUAGCUCCGUGUUUUAAUAUUUUUGUUUUGUUUUUGGCCAUGUAAAUUUUUUUGGUGUAUUAAU